AUGACAACAAGCCCUGAAAGCUCUGGGGGCGUCACGCAUUCCCACAAGCCUGCAUGCCCCACAGCCGAGAUGGGAAGGUGGCCGGCCAGCUGGGAGCAAGAGAUGCAGAGCACCGUCAAUUACCUGUGGCACACGGAUGACCUGCUGGGUCAGGGGGCCACUGCCAGUGUGUACAAGGCCCGAAAUAAGAAAUCCGGGGAGCUGGUUGCUGUGAAGGUCUUCAACACGGCCAGCUACCUGCGACCCCGCGAGGUGCAGGUGAGGGAGUUUGAGGUCCUGCGGAAGCUGAACCAUCAGAACAUCAUCAAGCUCUUUGCGGUGGAGGAGAUGGGGGGCAGCCGGCAGAAGGUGCUGGUGAUGGAGUACUGCUCCAGCGGGAGCCUGCUGAGCGUGCUGGAGAGCCCUGAGAACGCCUUUGGGCUGCCCGAGGACGAGUUCCUGGUGGUGCUGCGCUGUGUGGUGGCCGGCAUGAACCACCUGCGGGAGAACGGCAUCGUCCACCGAGACAUCAAGCCGGGGAACAUCAUGCGCCUGGUCGGGGAGGAGGGGCAGAGCAUCUACAAGCUGACGGACUUUGGGGCAGCCCGGGAGCUGGAUGACGACGAGAAGUUCGUCUCGGUCUACGGCACCGAGGAGUACCUGCACCCUGACAUGUAUGAGCGGGCGGUGCUUCGCAAGCCCCAACAGAAAGCUUUCGGGGUGGCCGUGGAUCUCUGGAGCAUUGGGGUGACCCUGUACCAUGCGGCCACUGGCAGCCUGCCCUUCGUCCCCUUUGGAGGGCCCCGGCGCAACAAGGAGAUCAUGUACCGGAUCACCACGGAGAAGCCAGCUGGGGCCAUUGCAGGCACUCAGAGGCUGGAGAACGGGCCCCUAGAGUGGAGCUACUCCCUCCCCGUCACCUGCCAGCUGUCCAUGGGGCUGCAGAGCCAGCUGGUGCCCAUCCUGGCCAACAUCCUGGAGGUGGAGCAGGCCAAGUGCUGGGGCUUCGACCAGUUCUUUGCCGAGACCAGUGACAUCCUGCAGCGAGUUGUCGUCCACGUCUUCUCCUUGCCGCAGGCCGUCGUGCACCAUGUCUACAUCCACGCGCACAACACGAUAGCCAUCUUUCUAGAGGCCGUGUACAAGCAGACCAGUGUGGCCCCCCAGCACCAGGAGUACCUCUUUGAGGGUCACCUCUGUGUCCUCGAGCCCAGCCUCUCAGCACAGCAUAUCGCCCACACGACAGCAAGCAGCCCCCUGACCCUGUUCAGCAUGGUCAGCGAGACCCCCAAGGGGCUGGCCUUCAGGGACCCUGCUCUGGACAUCCCCAAGUUUGUCCCCAAAGUGGACCUGCAGGCAGAUUACAACACGGCCAAGGGUGUGUUGGGUGCCGGCUACCAGGCCCUGCGGCUGGCACAGGCCUUGCUGACAGGACAGGAACUGAUGCUUCGGGGGCUGCACUGGUUCGUGGAGAUACUCCAGGCCACGUGCAGGAGGACUCUGGAGGUCACGAGGAUGGCCCUCCUCUUCCUCAGCAGCAGCCUCGGCACUGAGAGGUUCAGCAACGUGGCUGGGGUGCCUGAGAUCCAGGAACUGAAGAGGGCCGCAGAGCUGAGGUCCAAGCUGCGGACCUUGGCUGAGGUCCUCUCCAGAUGUUCCCAUAAUAUCACAGAGACCAAGAUGACCCUGAGCAACCUGAGCUCUGAGCUGAUGAAGAACCGGGAUCAGGUACAUGCGGACAGAAGCAUCCAGCAGAUUCAGUGCUGUUUGGACAAGAUGUAUCUCAUUUACGAACAGUUCAAGAAAUCCAGGAUGAGGCCAGGGCUUGGCUACAACGAGGAGCAGAUUCACAAGCUGGAUAAGGUGAAUUUUAGUCAUUUAGCCAAAAGGCUUCUGCAGGUGUUCCAGGAGGAGCGUGUGCAGAAGUACCAGGCAUCCCUGGUCACGCAUGGCAAGAGAAUGAGGGUGGUGCAUGAGACCAGGAACCACCUGCGCCUGGUGGGCUGCUCCGUGGCCGCCUGUAACACAGAAGCCCAGGGAGCCCAGGAGAGCCUCAGCAAGAUCCUUGACUGGCUAUCUCACCAGCUCCUGCAAGACAGAACAAAGGGGGCUCAGGCCUCACCACCCACUACAGCUCCUUAUCCUAGCCCUGCACUAAAGGACCUCGUUCUCCACAUGCAAGAGCUCUGCAAGGAGAUGAAGGUGCUGGCGUCUGACCUCCAGGACAACAACCGCGUCAUUGAAGGGUUAAGUAGGGUCCCAUCGGCUCCUGACAUCUGA